AUGCCACCAAAGAAGAAAGCCGCACCCAGAAAGACAAAGGCACAAGCUGCAGCGGAGGCAAAGGCAGAAGCAGAGGCACAAGCAGCAGCAGCAGCAGCAGCAGAAGCGGAGGCGAAUAGAGGAACAACCAAGGAGGACGAGGAAGAGACUGUCACUGUCAAGAAAACCACCAUGACCACAGAGACCGUCGUCACCACAACUAUGACCAUCGUCAGCGCACAGGAGGAAUCAAAGGAAGAGAGCAAUAGCAUUGAAGAAAUCAAGGAAGAAGAGAAGGAGGUAGUAAAAGAGAAGCCUGGAAAGAAAGGUGGUCGUUCAAAGAGAAAGGCCAGGGAUGAGGAGACGGUGGAGAAGGUGGAAAAGGUGACAGCAUCAACAACAACGACAACGACAUCAGAGGAGCCACGAGCACCAGUACCGACAAGUGGUCAGGACCAAGAUCAGGAAAUGAAGGAGGUCGAGUCUGAGGCGUCAUCGUCGUCUGCAUCUGCACCUGCACCAAAGACGAAUGGCGCGGCACUUACCAUGGCAGAGAGGAUGGAGAAACUGAAGGGUCUUCGCCAAAAGAUGAACGCAUCAAAGCAGGAGAACAGGAAGGAUCUGAUGGCAGAACACCAAAAGUCCAAGGUGAACCACAGGGAGGAGGCCAAGAAGGCGAGAGCACGCGAGGCAGCAGAGGAGAUGAUGGCCAAGCAGGAGGCAGAGGAGGCAGGCGAAGACUAUGAGCGUUCACAGUUCUGGAACUACUCUGCAGAGAGUGUCGAGCGCUGGAACGAGAAGCAGGAGGCCAAACGGAUCCGCAUGGACAACAAGUUUACAGACUGGGACCAGAUGAAUCACAAAAAGUACUUGAAGCAGGUCGGCGAACUCAAGCCAAACUUGGCGGCAUACAAUGCAAAGAAGGAAGCAGCGAUGCAUGUGAACGAGGACGGCGAGUUAGUGGUGGCGAGCGAUUCUGGGUUCUAUCGGGAUGCCAACUCGGUGGAGUUCUUGUCGGAUGCUAAACCGAAUGCGCUUGCGGUAGAUCGUCUUGCGGCGGAUGUGGCCAAACAGAUUGAGGCACGAUCAAAGUUCUCGAAGCGCAGGGCACACAAGGACGACGAGGAUGUCAACUACAUCAACGAUGCCAACCAGCGGUUUAACCAGAAGAUUGCUCGGUUCUACGACAAGCAUACCAAGGAGAUCCGCGAUGACUUUGAGCGUGGCACAGCACUCUGA